AUGAAGUGCAUCCUCCGUGGUUUCAUUCGGCAAAGGGAGCUCAACGGAAUGCCUUUCUCGGAAGCCGAAAUCCGAUCUAUGGCCUUGCAAGUGUUUCAAGGACUAGACUUUAUGCAUCGCCAACGCGGUUACAUGCACCGGGAUUUAAAGCCCGAGAAUCUGUUGGUGAACGAGCGAAAAGAGGUCAAGAUCUCGGAUUUGGGCAGUGCUAUUGAGAUAGACUCGAGGGGAAACAUGUUCGACCAUCACGUCACUACAUUGUGCUAUGAAGCCCCGGAGAUGCUCCUUGAGACCUCCUAUGAUGAGAAGGUUGAUAUGUGGGCGGCGGGGUUGAUCCUAGUCGACAUGUUUCAAAUGUUUCCUCUAUACAGAGGUAACGAUCAAUUGUAUAUGAUGCGCCAAGUCUUAGGAGCUCCGGAUUGCAAUUCAAAAAUCGGAAGGAUGGUUGCUGAAGCACUUGUAAACAAGCCUGAACGUGAGGAGGAGAAGGGUGGUGUUGGGUUUCGAGCAAUUUUGCCAGAUGCUAGUGAAUCCGCGAUUGAUCUAAUUCAGUCCCUUUGUUCUUGGGAGCCUUCCAAGAGGCCAAGUGCUGCAGAGGCACUUCGGCAUCCGUUCUUCAAGAGUGCAAACAAUGUUGCGGCUGCUCCUGCCUUCUCAUGUUGUGCGGUUCCAAAGACGACAAGCUUAUCAUACAUGCAGCCAAUAUGCUAG